CAAGUUUUGUGAGUCGAAGGAGGCACAUUAGUUUAUCGGUGCGCAGACAAAUACACGACUACCGACACGCUGUUUUUGUGUUUGUGGAUAUUAAUACCGCAUUUUUCCCGUUAUAGAGGACGUCUAUACACACGGACAAGUGACCCUCAGUGACCCGGGCGCUGUCGCUUUAAAGCGAACACCUCCCCCUCCCCCCUAAUACUGGAGCCCCCCAGUCACCCAGAUAACAUGGACGGAUUCUAUGACCAGCAGGUCCCUUUUAUGGUCCCACCCAGCCACAAGUCUCACGUGGAGGAAGCGUCUCACAGCAGCAGGCCUCUGAGUGACAGGAAAAGGAAGUUUGUGGACACAGAGCUCGCCCAGGACACAGAAGAGCUCUUCCAAGAUCUCAGUCAGCUGCAGGAGAUCUGGAUCGCAGAAGCCCAGGUGCCUGAUGACGAACAGUUUGUCCCAGAUUUCCAGUCGGAUAGCUUGAUGUUUCAUGGCCCGCCACCAGCCAAGAUCAAACGAGAGCUGACGCCCUCAAAAGAGUUUUCUCCCUGCCGCCAGGACAGGAGUCCCAUGCCCUACGGAGAGAAGUGCCUUUACAGCUACAGUGCCUGUGACAGGAAGCCCACCCCCGGGUUCAAGCCAUUAACCCCCCCCUCCACGCCGGUCUCUCCCUGCGGCCCCGCCAGCGCAGCAGGAACACACCCGCUGAGCGAGCAGACUCCGCCCCCUCCUCACCCCCAUGUAGCCAACCCCACCCCGGGGCCGCGUCCGGUGCACGUCCAGCAGCAGCAGAUCACGGCGAGCGCCGGCUCCCCCAACCAGCCAGCACUCCCACCGCUCCACAGCCACAGCCCGCCCUUCGCCGUGCCCUGCGCCCCCAUCAACCAGGAUGCCAACAACUUCACACCUGAGCACAGGUUCCAGCGGCAGAUGUCGGAGCCAUGUCUACCUUUCCCGCCGUCUGAGAGCCAGGGCUGCCCCCCGUUCCUGCCCCCCAGCAGCAGCACCACCAGCAGCAGUAAUCUGCCCCGCGAUGGCCGGCCGCCGUACCACCGCCAGCUGUCGGAGCCGCUGGUAGCCGUGCCGCCGCAGGGCUUCAAACAGGAGCUCAUCGACCCGCGCUACAUGGAGCAGGGCGUCCCCACCAUGGGCCUGCCGGCUCCGCCCCCGGGCCCGCCGCGCCAGCAGGCCGCCUUCCACCCCAUGGCCAUCAAGCAGGAGCCUCGCGACUACUGCUUCGAUUCUGAAGUGCCUAACUGUCAGUCAUCGUUUGGGAGAGCGGGGAGCUUCUACCAGAAUAACCAUGAAAGUUUCUCCUUCGACAGAGACACUCAGCUGUACUUUGACGACACCUGCGUGGUCCCAGAGAGGUUAGAAGGUAAAGUGAAGCAGGAGCCCUCUGUGUACCGUGACGGCCCCCCCUACCAGCGCCGCGGCUCCCUGCAGCUGUGGCAGUUCCUGGUCACGUUACUGGACGACCCGGCCAACGGACACUUCAUCGCCUGGACCGGCCGCGGCAUGGAGUUCAAACUGAUCGAGCCCGAGGAGGUGGCUCGGCGCUGGGGCAUCCAGAAGAACCGCCCCGCCAUGAACUACGACAAGCUGAGCCGCUCGCUGCGCUACUACUACGAGAAGGGCAUCAUGCAGAAGGUGGCUGGCGAGCGGUACGUGUACAAGUUUGUGUGCGACCCCGAGGCCCUCUUCUCCAUGGCCUUCCCCGACAACCAGCGGCCCAACCUGAAGGUGGACCCGGACAACCUGCCGGGGCUGGACGACGACACCGUGCCCCUCACGCACUACGAGGACGCCGCCCCGUACCUGCUGGACGCCGGCGAGCAGUGCGUCGCCGGGCUGCCCUUCCCCGACGGCUACGGCUACUAACGACGCACAACAACAACACGUUACACGCAAAACACUCCCAAAGUCGCCCACUCUUAAAAAAAAAAACCAGAGCUGGAGCUGCGGAGCUACUUGGAAGGAGGACAGCGUGCACUGCUCCUUCGCCGUUUCCUCUCCUGCUCAAAAACCUUCAGAAAACUCUGAACGCUCCCAAAGCUAAGAGGGCAAAGCCUGCAACAGCAAGAGAGAGAGAAAGGGAGGAAGAGAGAGAGGGAGGUGGUGGAUCCAGGGAGGAGGACUGGACUGCACAGGGCUGCUGUUGCUUCAGAGACCAAACAAAGCGAGGCGCCAUCUUUAAAGACCCUGACUGACUCCCCGCCCCGCCAAGCCAAGCCCCGCCCACUUUCUACCAGACUGCAAAGAGUUGUUGCAUAUCUGAUUUUGUGACAAUCUGCUUUUCUUAAAAAAAAACUAAAAAAACAAUCAAGUAACCAACAGAGUAAAACAAUCUAAAGAGAUAUUAUUAAAUGCAGCACUAUAUUCUAUAGUUGCCUUUUUUGGGUCGCCCCAUUUUCAUGUCACCGCAUCUGAACAACGAUCCGUGAAAAAGGGCUUUAAUUUGCAAAAAUAACGGAUUGAUAUUAAAAAAAAAACAACAUAUUCUGAAGCCACAGAUCAGUUUGUUUUCUGUAGAUAGAUGUUUUUUAUUAAAUAUGCCAGCUGUUCUACCAGUUUCCGUUGACCCAGAGCUCUCAGGUGUCUGGGCCGUCGCUGUACUUCGGGCUGCUCUCUUUCGUGUGUAAAUGUUCUUUAAUCGUUCUGUAAGAGAUUGUAUCCGCUUCCCUUUAGAGACUACACUUACACUCCUCAUCAUCUCCGUCUCCUCCAUUUCAAAAGGGAUAACAUAACUCGAGUACAUAUUUUCCCAGAGUUGAUAAAACUGUAUGAUAAAAGGUCACCUUUUUGGUUUUAUUUUGUGUUUCGGUUUACUGUUUCCUUGGCGGUGUGCUGCUGAUGCACCAGCUUGGCCGGAGCAUCAGGAUGUUGCAUGCAAACCUUAAAAAAAACGAUAAAAAGACGGUUUAACUCCGUCUUUUUGGACUCUUUUCUCUGCCGGUGACGCGUGGGAGACGUCUCUCUGCAUGGUCUCAUCAGCCCACUAACAUAUCGCUUUACUGUCUCUGGACAAACAAGAUAUUUGUGAUAUUCUCUGCAUUUUAU